CCCUCGUUCAUCUUUUUGCAGAACUCGCCCGUAUCGCCUCGAAAAGGGUGUGUGCUCAAUAUCCCUGACGCCCUCGGCCGCUGAAGCAGAUGCAGAUGCAGAUGCUCUCGGGGAAGGACAUCUUUCCAAGUUUGCCAUUCGUUUGUUCCUUGCCUCCUCAGCUCUCUCGCGCCGCCCGAUCGCCGACGGACCCUCGACAUCGCGAUAGCUUCCACCCGUUUGACCUCCACCACUCGACAACGUUACAGCUCCUCGAAAAGCAGCCCGUUUGCAACACGAGAAAAACACUACAUCAUAUCCGUCACACUAGUGCAGAGUAGACUCGGGAACCGAACUGCCCGUGCUAGCUCCCGAUCAGCGUUGGAGGAGCAGCAAACGUCAAGCUUCCCGUCCCGCCCGUCGCUUCGUCUCGACGCACAAGCGCUAAGACAUUGCCGACAAUCCGUGCGCCGUCCGCGUUCUUGAUCGGUUCUACAGAGCACAAAAAGAAAACACCUCCCCCCCUGAUAGUUUUGAGUCCCAAGCUGUCGACGAAGCCAUUUCCCAACUCCUCGAAUGCUCCCGGAGCAGUAGAACACCCUCGCAGUCGUUGUCAUGGACGAGAAACAGGCUCCUGGGAGGCCUAGUGGGAUCCCUCGAUUCUCGCGUCUGCCUCUUCCCAAAUCGACAGCCACUCCCCCCCCUCCCCCCCCUGCUGCUGCUGCUGCUGCUGUUCGGCCUUCACCCUCGCGGGAGGGUUUGAACUCCGGUCUGAGGAACCCUCGGCUUCGGCCGGCCGCAUCGCGGGACAACUUGGGGCCAGCCGUCGCUCCUAAGCAACCCGAACAUCGCCUGGCAGCCCCGAAGCCACGGCGGGAGCUUCAGCCGCCCUCUGCGAGCAAGCCCGCGUUGAGAGCUCCUCCCGCCCCCGCGACGACGACCCUCAGGAGUUCCCGCAGCGUACCUCGACUGAAAUCGAAAGAAGCCGGCUUCCACAAGCCACCGACGCCUCCAGAUGAGACCGAACAGCCCACCAUCGCGCGCUCCGCCAGUCUGACACGCCGUCAAUUUGGAGCAGCUCACGCAGCGAACCCAGACUUCGAACCAGUCCCAGACCUACCCCCUCUGCCCAGAGACACGAGCCCACCAGCCAUUGUUGACGAUGCCGAGUCCGACCUUCCGACCUUCGAUACUCCGAGAGCAACGUCUUUCAAACCCCGGCCUUCUCUCUCCGAACGGACGAUCGAAACCCUGCAGCAAUUGCAAUCUUCGCCCUCCCUGAGCAAGAAGACGUCGACCUUUUUCGACCCCGAUGGCACCAUUCGACCUCGUUCACGCGCCGGCAGUGGCCAUUCGCGACCGGGCUCAAGCUAUACAUCUGACGGCUCUGGACGUCCGGCCUCGCGUCACAGCAGACCCGGGUCCAGUUCCGGAACGGAGGAAAACCCCUUCGCGAAUGCUCGAGCGGUAGCUAACGCCCAUCGACAUCCUCUGGGGUCCAUGGAAGGCACCCCUUCUCGCCGUGUCUCUGGCAUUCGCUCUCUCCGGCCACCGACGCUGCGAGCCACGCCCCAAUCGUCCCCUUCGGGACCCUCAUCGACCUCGGCUUCGGGUAUUCCCAUCAACCAGAGUCCCAGCCCGACAAGAGCAACCGGCAUGAUGCCGCCGCCGUCAAAGACUGGCUCAAAAACCCUGGCUGCUCGUCCUCUUAAGCCCCGUGCUUCGGUCAACGGCCUGUACAAGAAGCCGUCUCUGCCAUCGAUGGGCCAGACCACGUCGGCUUCGGUUGCCUCGCCGCCUCCAAAGUUGACACCCAGCAAAUCGUAUGGAUCCCUGAGAAGGCCCGGCCCGUCAAAGAUCAGCGCCCCGUCUCCGGCCCUAGCAGCUCCGAUCGCCACAGAUGAAGAAACCGCAGCCAGGAAGUCCUCAAAUGCUCUGCGGGAACAGAUCGCCAAGGCCAGGGCGGCCAAGCGCGCGGCCGAUCGUCAAGCGGCGGAUGCAGCGGCAUCGGUUGCGAGCCCAGCGCCCAUUGCGGAAGCAGAGUCAACUCGCACAGAGCCUCCGAUCAUCCCAGAGGAUAAUGGGUUCGAGUUCGGCAUUGCCGUUACGACCGAUGCCUUCAGUACCAACGACCCGUUCAACACCAAGCGGUCGGAGAACUCGCAGAAAAAGAUCAUUCAGCAGCGUCUGGUCGCCGCCCGAAGCAGUGGACGCCUCAACGUUGCCGCAAUGGGCCUCAAGGAGAUUCCUGUCGAAGUCUUGAAGAUGUACGACAUGGAGUCCAUGGGUACGUACGAUGGCUCUUGGGCCGAGACGGUCGAUUUGACAAGAUUUGUGGCUGCCGACAACGAACUGGAGACCAUUGGCGACGACAUCUUCCCCGACGUUACCGCUGAGGAAUUGGCCCAGGACGAGGACUCAAAUGGCAACAUCUUUGGCGGUCUCGAAGCGAUGGACUUGCAUGGCAAUUCACUUAUUUCGCUGCCCAUGGGUCUGAGACAGCUCCCUCUUCUGACGUCUCUGAAUCUGUCCCAAAACCGCCUUGCUAACAACUGCCUCGAAGUCAUCACUCAAGUCAAGGCUCUCCGUGACUUGAAGCUCGCCAACAACCUCUUGCAAGGUCCUCUGGACCCCAUCUUCGCCAACUUGGAGAACCUGGAACUAUUUGAUCUCCACGGGAACAACGUGUCGUCGCUUCCCCCGGGCAUCGAGAACCUAUCCAGGUUGCGCGUUCUCAACCUGAGCGAAAACUGCUUCGAGUCGCUGCCCUUUGCAAGCCUUUCCAAGCUUCCGCUAACGGAGCUGAUCAUGAAGAAGAACAAGCUCACGGGAACGUUGAUUGAAGAUGGAGUUGAAGCCCUUUCGAACCUUCAGGUGCUGGACGUUUCCUGCAAUCAAUUGACUCACUUGGUCUCUUCGGGAUCCACGAUUGGUCUUCCCUCGGUUCACCAGCUCGUCCUGUCCAUGAACCGUCUGCGAGAGUUGCCCGAUGUCAGCUCUUGGCCCAGUCUCAUGACCCUGACGGCGGACGAGAACGCCAUCUCUGAGUUCCCGAGCGGUUUCACUACUCUUCAAAAGCUCAGGCAUGUCGACUUCUCGGCCAACGAUAUCCGCGUCGUGCCGUCAGAGAUCUGCAGGAUGGACAGCCUGACUCUCAUUCGGCUAGCGGGCAACCCCUUGCGCGACAAGAAGUUCGUCUCGGCCACCACAGAGGAGCUGAAGGAGGUUUUGGCCGGUAGACUCGAGCCGCCUGUGUCGUUUGAGGAGGAUGUCGACGCUGCCACGCCUGAUACUGCGCUCAACAACACGCUCGCGGAGCCCCACGAGAUCCAUCCAGCCACCGAAGCUGUACCGGCUGAGUCCUUGGCCCGUGAUAACCACUCGGACGAGGACUCAUUUGCCACGCCGCCUACCUGGUCGCCUACUUCGCCUGCACGAGCUCGCUCGCAGACGCUUGCCAAGGAAACAUGGCCCGUCAAGCAGGGCGUCUUGGACCGCUCAAACACCAAAUCAUCCUCUUUGCAUCCCGUGGUUUGCUCUAGGGUUGUUGCCGACAACCGGGUCAUCGAGAUCCAGCUCCACCACAACCUCUUUACCUGUUUCCCGAACUCGCUGUCUUUCUUUGCCGAAUCUCUUGCCGCUCUCUCGCUCGCCCACAACCAGCUCGUUGGCGAAACUUAUUUGACGGAGGAACUCGAUCUUCCGGUGCUCCGCGAGUUGAACCUUGUCAGCAAUCACAUCACGAGUCUCUCGCCCUUGACCACACAUUUGCAUGCUCCGCAGCUGGAGAAGAUGGACGUCUCUCUCAACCGCAUCACGGCCCUGCCGCCUGACCUGCGAGCCGUCUUUCCCCGGCUUGUUGUUCUGCUGGCGGCAAACAACCACUUGAUUGAGCUGGACCCAGACACCAUCAGGGGCCUGGAGGUUGUCGAUGCCGGCAACAAUGACAUUGCGCACUUGAACCCCAAGCUCGGGUUGCUUGGUGGCAGCGGAGGACUGAAGCGCCUCGAGGUUUCCGGCAACCGCUUCAGAGUCCCCAGGUAUAAUGUGCUUGAGCGAGGCACAGAGGCCACGCUCCGGUGGCUCAGAGGACGAGUACCCGUAGCGGAAAUGGCUUCAUGGAAGGAGGGGCAAGGUGAUUCGGGCAAUGCCUCCGACACGAGCUUGGCGGACGUCGACUGAACAGUGAAGGGGAGUCCGGUUUACAGACAGAAAAGGAUGGAAAAGAAAAGGGGUCUGUUGUUAUUAUUGUUCGAGUUCUAUGGGUUCGUCUUUGGAGGGCGCGUCACAUGUCUGUUUUCUUACAUUCUUUUUUUUCGAUUCGAGCACAUAUUUUCUAUGCUUGUGGGCAGUGGUGCGAUGAUACGAUACCAUACUGAGCUUCCAGCUACGGAGUUGAAGAGAAGGUCAACAAAAGGGUGUGUGUGUGGUGUGAUCUUUGCGAUCGCCGUUAGAACUGCCUGAUAGAUAUCCUGUACUAGUACUGUAUAAUACUAUAACCAUAAUUCUGGGUGAG